AUGUCUUGGUUCCAGAAGCAGUUCACCCUGCCCGCGCGCUCGCGCGGCUCUUACCUGAUCACCGAUGAGGUCGUCGGUCAGCUCCCCGAGCUCAAGAAUUUCAAGGUCGGCAUACUCCACCUGUUUGUGCAGCAUACGAGCUGCGCCCUCAGUCUCAAUGAGAACUGGGACGACGACGUCCGGGCCGACAUGAGCGACGCGCUGGACCGCAUCGCGCCCGAGGCUGGACCUAAGGGACAGGAGCUGUACCGUCACAGCGCCGAGGGCCCUGACGACAUGCCUGCACACAUCAAGAGCGCUCUUGUCGGCGCAAGUGUUACCAUUCCCAUCAAGGAUGGCAAACUCGCUACAGGAACCUGGCAAGGAAUCUGGUACCUGGAGUUCAGAGCCAGCAAGCACCAGCGCCGGCUCGUGGCCACCAUCCAGGGAGAACGCAAGGCAUGA